CGUAAAGUCUACCGAGCGGGGCUUCGCUUAGAUCCAUCCGAAGUCGGGCGGAGUCCAUGCGGACAGUGGGGACGGAGGAUUCAGAUAAUUUAGCCAGUUCAUCUUAAGGCAUACGGAGCAGUGAAGCGACAAAACGACCCUGACGACAUGACCACGACGACCACUUUCCAAGGGAUGGAUCCUAGUGCGAAAAAUAGCUCCAGGGUGUUGCGGCCUCCAGGUGGAGCCUCCAACAUCUGCUUCGGCACAGAUGAGGACAAGCCAGCGCGCAAGAACAGAAUGGCAUCCAACAUCUUCGCUGAGCCUGAUGACCCCCACGCCCAUCGGAGGAACAACCCGCCUGGUGGGGAGGCCAGCGGGGUGCUCUGUGGGGAACACUCUGCCCCUCUGAGGAGGUGCCACCAGCCGCCAAUCUUCCUGAACGACUCCGCCUCUACCGAGCACCAGUCCAACCCUGUGAUUGAAAACCAGGAGCCAGAGAGCUACGAUCAGUCAGAGGAAGUGGAGGUGUCUGAGGAGCAGCAGAAGGACGAGCAGGCUAGCGGUGCCGCCUCUGGCCGCAGAAACCCCCCUGGUGGCAAAUCCUCCCUCAUACUGGGCUGAGCGCGCACUUUUUUUUUUCUUUCUCUCUCUCGCGCUCUCUCUCCUCUCCUCUUUUUUUUUUUUUUUUUUUUUUUUUUUUUUUUUUUUUUUUUUUUUUUUUUUUUUUUUUUCUAAGAAUUCACUACGUCAAUUUGCUCAUGUGAGCCAUGGGAUUUUCUUCGCCCACUACCACCUGUGUGUAUUUUUUUUGUUUUUCUAUCGCAUAAAAAGAGAUCGUUGGCAGAAGCACUUUAUGUAAAAGCUCCAUUUCAGCCCCGCUAGGACCGGCGCGCUCCCUCUCGCCCUCCGCGCCGUCCAGCGCGAACCGUUUCCAAGCAAGAAAAACAUUUGUUGGCGCAAAAUUUCUAAGUACAAAUAAAGAUUGAUUAUGAAUUUG